AUGUCGCUCUCCGCGUGCGCCGCCGCCCCCAAGCCGUCCGCCAGCUCAGCACACAGCGCGCCCCGUCCUCCUGAACGCCCACACCCAAGGGAACCCGGUCCGUCUCGUCCCUCCCCGUCGCGACAAAUUGCUUUCUUCUCCCCCCCAAAGUCAUCUCUCCCGCCCAUCGCCAGCCAUGUCUUCGCUCGGCCUGUAGCGUCACCGACCCAGCUCCCGGCCGCAUCCUUUCUUUUUUGCAUCUGCAUCUGCAUCCCUCUUAUAAUUUUCUUCCUCACUUUGUCUCCCGCUUACCCAACGCAGUCCGCCUCGCCCGCCGUCGCCGAAGUCGUCAUCCUAUCGUCUCGUGCCAACGUCGCCCUCCAUCCCUUUACACCCGCGACGUUGGAACAAUCCCCUCGAUUCGAUCUUGAGCGCUGCGAGCGGCCCAGCGCGCCCGUCACCCUGUGA